AUGUUCUUAAAUGAUUUAAAAAAUCGACUUCAAACAUAUGCAGUUCCAAGUUCAGUUCUUAAUAUUACCAAUGAUGUAACAACUGAUCAGAUAGACAUUUCAACAGUAGACACUUCAUGUUUUACAACAAAUUUACAAGCAGAUGUAUACAGUGUUAAAGUCAGUUGUUCAACAACCAAUUUGACAGAUGUUAAUUUAAGCACAGAUUCAACUAAAGAUUUUAAUUUAACGAAUUCUAAAGAUGAUAAAGCAACUCAAACCGAAUUAAAAUUAUCCAGUUCUACUCCAAGAAAAGAAGUUCUCAGAAAAAAAUGUGAAGCUGCAGAUAAAAGAGCAAAACGCGCAAAACUAAAAUAUAAUAAUGAAAAAAAUAUAGAAGAUAUUACUUAUGACGAUUUCCAAAAACUUCUUUAUAAAUUUUAUCCAAAACCGAUAGCUGAUUUCAUGAAAACUCAAGGAAAUAAUCUCGACAAAAAAAGAAACGGUAAUAGAUAUACCAAAGAAUUUAAAAUAUUUUGUUUGAAUUUAUAUUUUAAAGGAUCCAAAGCUUAUAGAAUUUUAAGCAACACUUUUAUUUUACCAUCCAAGAGAACACUUGAACGCAUAAUACAAGGACUUAUAAUUUUCCCUGGUUAUACUAAAAGUUUUUUACCUGCAUGUAAUGCAGCGAUAAUCAUGGUCAGAGGUUUGACAAAUAAAUUUAAGCAACCACUUGGUUAUUUUUUUCUUAAUUCAACUAUAGAUGCUGAUAAAUUACGAAAUAAUUACUAUUGA